UUUGGUGCAUCUGCUGCUAUCAAUCAUUCCAGCCCUAUGCAUGGGUCUCUUUUUCCCAAGGCACUUUUCUUCUUCACUUUUGCUGUUGUCUGCUGACGUUUUGCUUGUUGUCUCCCGUCCAACAUUGCCUUUUAUUGGAUUAGUUUAUUGGGAAUGCAAACUGGUCCUUCACACUUAGGAUUGAACUGAUUCAACCUACUGCAACAUUCUUUUACCUUAUUACCACCCCCGGAAGCCUACUGAACCAAAGCACACCGUGAGACUGCUGGUGGAAGUAUUCAUAGACUUGGCUCUUUUGCACUAAGAUGGCCUCACAGAAAGUGUGGCUGUUGUGCCUGCUGGUCACGGCCAUUUGCUCCUUCCAAGUAAAUGUACUGCCUGGAGUUCAAGGGCAGGCCCAAGGAGCAGUGCAAGGUGAUGGCGAUGACGAUGAUGAUGAUGACCACACUCAGGUAGACCAUGAUGUAGAUAAUGAUGAUGAUGACCAUAAAGAUGACGAUGAUGAUGAUGAUGAUGACAAUGACGAUGAUGAUGAUGACGAUGAUGAUGACAAAGAUAAUGACGACGACGACGACGAUGAUGAUGAUGAUGAUGACGACAACGAUGAUGAUGAUGACGACGAUGAUGAUGACGACAAAGAUGAUGAUGACGACGACGAUGAUGAUGACGACGAUGAUGAUGACGACGAUGAUGAUGACGACGACGAGGAUGAUAAAGAUGAUGACGACGACGACGAUGAUGACGACGAUGAUGAUGAUGAUGACGACGAGGAUGAUAAAGAUGAUGACGACGACGAUGAUGAUGAUGACGAAGAUGAUGAUAAAGAUGAUGAUGAUGAUGAAGAUGAUGACGACGAUGAUGACGAUGAUCAAAUUGUAAAAAAACAUGAAGAUGAUGACGAUGAUGAUGAUGACGACGACGACGAUGACGAUGAUGAUGACGAUGAUGACGACGAUGAUGACAAACCCAAAAAGCAGGAAGGUGGCAAAGAUGAUGAUGAUGAUGAUGAUGAUGAUGAUGAUGAUGAUGAAGAUGAUGAUGAUGAUGACGACGAUGAUGACGAUGAUGAUGAAGAGUACAAAGACGGCUCACUGUGCCACUAUUGCUCAUUCUGCAAGCACUGUGGCGAGUGCGACAAAUGCCCCUGUGAAGAAAAAGAUAAGAGUGAACACUGUAAGAAUUGCGAGUACUGCCAGUUUUGCUACGUUUGCCCAGUUAUAUGUGAGACAGCCUGCAAGCCUGGAAGCUACGUAGAUGAACUCUCAGGAGCGCUGUACCAAACCGUUGCCCACAUCUUUGAAUAAGAUGAAACCGUUUUCUAUCCCCCGUGGAACAUAAAGCUGAGUACUGGACUUUAAUGGGUAACAUUUCAAUCACACAUAGCAAGCCAUGGUCGGGAGAUGAUAUGUUUGGUGGCAACCACUGGCAUUCGGGAUAGUCUGAGCUAAGCGUAGCUAUAGCCAAGAUCAAGACUCUUCUGAAUGCCAGGAAGAUUGCCAAAGAGCCAGCUACCAGCACCUUAUUUAUAUUACCCCAGUUAGUGCUUUCUACCUCCUAACAGAACAACUUCAUAGUAAAUUCCCAAAGUUGCUUUUUUUGACCACUGUUGCCAUAAAGUUCUUCACCAAGGAACGGUCUUCAACAUGACUCCCUUUGUUGAGGUGACAAGUGUCUGAAGACCACUCUAUCUUGUAUACAGUACUGGCAAAGCACAGAAGGCACCUGUGCAGACUCAAACACCAACAAGAUGCUGGGGAUCUAACAACUCGUGUUCCCUGUGGCACUAUCUAGGAGCAUUGAGCGCAGUACAUGGACCCUGAAAAACUUUUUGUAGGGCAAAGUUCUUUCUGGUGAAACACAGCAGCAAAAAUAAAUCUCAUUCAAGUCAACUCAAAUGUUACCCAAAUAUUUUCUCAUAAAUGACUUAACAUACAUGUAAGAGAUGUAAGACCCACUGUAACAAAAACAUCACCUGUCGGGGUCCAGCGAUGUCCCUCUUUUUCUUCUCGGAAGGAUGAAAGGCAAAAGAAAGUGUAUUUAUUUAUUAUAUGAGAAGUGUUACAUGUCUCAUAUCCAAUAAUAAAUGUAUUUCUGAUCUCUUGAA